CGCUGCUUGGGAAAAGUUUCGGGAAGAGUAGGAGGGAGGGGACUCGGGUGUGGAAGUGUAGUAGUCCGACAGCAAGCAUGACCGACCCCGAGGCGCAGAGCGCUCCACCGUCGGCACCCGUGGAAGACAAAGCACAGCCGGAGAGGAAAGUCAUAGCCACUUUGGUCCAAGGCACGGUGAAAUGGUUUAAUGUGCGUAAUGGAUAUGGCUUCAUUAAUAGGAAUGACAACAAAGAAGAUGUAUUUGUUCAUCAGACUGCAAUCAAGAAGAACAAUCCUAGGAAAUUUCUCCGCAGUGUAGGAGAUGGGGAAAUUGUAGAGUUUGACGUGAUUGAAGCAGCCAAGGGCUCAGAAGCAGCCAAUGUUACCGGUCCAGGUGGUAUUCCGGUUAAAGGCAGCCGCUACGCGCCCAACAAACGUCGUUUUCGUAGACGGUUCUUCCCUCGUAGCCCUCGGCCCGGUGACCAGAGCAAACCGGCUGAUGGCCAAGCUCCUGAUGCUGACGGAUCAGGAGAGAAUGGUGGAGUGAGGCCUCAGCAGCGCCGCCGUAGGCCCCGAAGACCACGGCAGGAGAUGCAAGAUGGCGAAGUUGGAGAGCAAAAGGAUGGAGUUGCAGAGAGUGGUCAGGCACAGAGUGAUCAGGCACAGCGGCCUCCACGGCGCAGAUUCUGGCGCCCAUACCGCAGGCCAUUCCGUCCUCGCCCACCUCCCACUCAGGCUGUAGAAGGCCAGCAGGCAGCUGCUCCAGCAGACAGCCCGGAAAAGAGCGAGGUCCGGCAGCAGGAAGAAGCACCUGAGAGCCCUCAGACCAAUGGGGAAGCAGCUGAGAGCCAAGGACAGAAACAACGCCGCCAGUCCAGACGACGCAGGCAAAGGAAUUCAGAGUCCUCUGUCUCCAAAAAUGAUACAGAGAAGUCUGCAUCAGAGCCUGGCACCCCACCACAGACCUCAAAACCAUCUGAUGCAAAAUCAUCCACAUCAAAGUCACCAAAGGCCUCCCCCAAAAUCUCACCUAAAACUGUAAAAUCGCCUGAGCAGGCAGCUGCAACAACAGUCCCGGCACCGGCAGAGUGACAUCCACAAGGAUAGUCACAUGACCCUUGGCAAGAGGUGCUAGGGUUGGAGCACUGGACCUAUUUCAGACCACAUGCACUGCUCUCCCCUCCCUGCACUUCCCCAUCCUCCAACCCACCACUUCUCGCUGUAAUCCCUCAGGCCCCCCCUCCCCUCCCCCCUCAUCUUGUCUUGUGUUCUGUCCACAUGCUGACAUUUGGAGAGGGGUGGGUAAAGGGGGGAUACAGGUGACUGGUGGGUGCACAUGUAGAAAUUGAAAGUACAUCUUUAAAAAGGUGGGGGAAAAAUGGGACCGUUAUUCAAUCCCCCCCACCCCCUAUAAAAAUAUUUUCUUUAAUUGAGCAGAUGGGGCACAUCAUGUAGUUCAGUUUAGUGUUUAAUUUGGUUAAAGAGGGGAAUGCCGAGCAGGUGUGCAAUUGAUGUAUAAAGGGAGUCGGUUUAGUUCUGUUACCACCUCAAAUCAGUUCUUGAAACGCACUACUCCCUUAAUCUUCUGGGUUGAGGUUGGAUUGGAAGGAACCUUUAUUUCCUUUUGUUUUACAUAUGUGAUUUUUCUUUGGCGGGGAUUAUGUGCAAUGUUGAUACUUAAAAUGGUAAUUAAUAAAUCAUGUUUGCAAAUCAA